AUGGAAGAUCUUGACGAUGAGUACAAGAAUUAUUGGGAAACCACAAUGUUCUUCCAAAAUCAAGAACUUGAAUUUGACAGUUGGCCGUUGGAAGAAGCGUUUUCUGGUUCCGGCGAGUCGAGUUCGCCGGACGGAGCAGCAACGUCGCCGGUGACUUCAAAGAACGUUGCCUCUGAGAGGAAGAGACGGGAAAAGCUUAACCAGAGACUGUUUGCUCUCCGAUCUGUCGUUCCCAAUAUAAGCAAGUUGGACAAGGCAUCUAUCAUCAGAGAUUCAAUAAAGUAUAUGAAAGAACUCAUUGAUCAAGAGAAGAAGCUAGAAGCAGAGAUCAGAGAGCUGGAAUCACGAUCAAUGUUGCUAGACAAUCCUUCAAAAGAUUACGAUUGCAUCAAUAAUUUCCCGGGAAAUCAGCAGCAAGAUCUCUCAGGCAUUAAUGCCAUGAGAUCAAAGAAGUCCAGGCAGAUGGACAACAAUAUUUUUGGAUCAUCAAUCAAUAGAGUACAUAAUCACUCCCUCAUCGAAGUUCUCGAGAUGACGGUGACAUGUAUGGGAGAGAAGACAGUGGUGGUAUGCAUAACAUGUAGCAAGAAGAGAGAGACAAUGUUGCAGCUUUGUAAAGUGUUGGAGUCUUUGAAUCUCAACAUUCUCACUACCAACUUCUCUUCCUUCUCAUCUCGUCUCUCUACCACUUUAUUCCUCCAGGCGAAUGAAGAAGAGAGGAGUACAGUAGAGACAAAGAUACAAACGGCAAUUGCAGCUUAUAAUGAUCCAAAUUGUUUUAUCAACUUUUAA